CACACAAUAACACUGCUUAUGUUUUGCAAGAAUUUUACAUUGGCAUUGCUUGAAUGUCUUUUGUCUGCCUUCGCCUCUGAAGCCUCUCAGAUGAAGGAGAAAAGUGAAGAGGUGAACAGGCUACACUUCAGCACGUAAUAACUUGUAAUAUUUAAGGUGGUAAGAGACAAACCAAACGCCACAUGAAACUGAAAACAGACAUAUUCUAAGAACAAUGGAUACACAAAAAGCAAAUGGCAUCUCUCCAAAAGAGAAUGGGAGCCAAAGAAGACCAUCCUCCUAUUCUGUAGAGACACCCUAUGGAUUCCAUCUGGACCUCGACUUCCUCAAAUAUGUGGAUGACAUUGAGAAGGGCAACACCAUUAGGAGGGUGCCAAUGCAGCGAAGGCAAAGAGGGCGAAAUAACGGUGCCCUGUCACGUAACUUAAGCCUUCCGGGUUAUGGGUGCAGAGCAACAGAGUGGAGCUCCAUCGGUACUUUAUGGCCUAAAACCAAACUAGGAGACUCUCAACAACAUUUUGAGUAUCGAUCUAGUGACAGUGUGUCUGCUGUAUAUGUCAGGAGGGGAGAACCAAUCUACAAGUCCUUCACAUCUACAGAGAUGGAUGCUAAUAUUCAGGCUUUUGAUGAGCAGCCUUUAGGACAUUAUGUCAGGCCAAAUCUUUUGAGAGCCUCCAGUUUACCCUUGACUGUUUUACUAAGAAAACACUCUGAGUCAACCGAUGAUCCAACCAGCCCCAGCAGCCCCAAGGAAUAUCUAAUGCAGGAAAAUGGUUCCUCUGAAGAUGUAUUCCAUGCAUCCAACAGCAGGAUAGGUAGGGCAAACGGGACCCUCCAGCGGCUCACUGCAGCACUUGAACGAGUUGGGGAAUUGGAAGAGGAGAUCAGGGUCAUUCCUGAGCUCAAGGCUCAGAUAUGUAUUUUGCAGGAGGAGCAAGAUAGGCUUUUACUCCAGCUACAUACCCAAAACAAAACCACUGGGCCACUGAAUGUUCCUACUGAAAAUCAAGACAAAGAAAGUGAUGACUGGAUGAAUCGAGAAUAUGACCGGCUUGAGGAAAAUGUCAAGGCUUCUUCUGAACAAGUUGAUGCAGUUGCAAAACCUUCAACUAGAAUUCUUCCAGAGAUAGAAAGACAUAAGAUGGUCUCACGAGAAAAAGAUCUCUUGGGUAAUGGAGACAAAACCAAGUCUCUCACUGAAACUCUCCAGAGGAAAGUUGUUUUGUUGGAACAGAAACUUCAUGAACUGCAGGUAGAGCUGGAUAAAACAAGAACUCUGUUAAAGCAGCAAGUAGAGGAGAGUCAUCUCAAGGAUGAGAAGAUCAAGCAGUUGACUAUGCAGCUUGUAAUGGGGCACACACUGGCCAGGGCAAUUUCACCUGAGAGCUCCUUAGUAAGUACACAAAAUCUUGAACCUGUGGUAGAAUUGCAGGAACCACUAAUAAGUGAACAAGAGAUGCCAACAGAGGAGGGAAUCACCCCUCAAGUUCUGGAUAAAACUCCAGUAUCACAUGCAGACAUGGAGCACCAUGUGAAAAGAUUGCAAGAGCUCCUUCAGGAGCAGUGGGAAUGCCUUUGCAAAGGCGACUCAUCAGGAAAAAUGUCUUCCGAUCACUUGCCUCAAAGGGUCUGCACAAUUCAAAAGCAGUUAACAACUUUAGUCACCCUUCUAACCCUUUAUGUGCUUCCUGCUGGUGAUGUUUCUCAAUCAGACUAUAAAAUGAAGGAAAUUCUUCCUGUAGUGGAAAAGAACCCGAAGACAGAACAUUUGAAGGAGGUCAGCCCAAGAGACAGUGUGGAGACAGAGGGAGUAAGUAAAGCUGUCAAACUACAAGAGCAUACAGAAGUGGAUGCUGACCUCAAGAAGAAUACGACAAAGGAAGAAAGCAAACUAUGGACCACAUGGACAAUGGGCUCCAGUGCACAGACAACUAAAAGUAAAAACACAGAAUUCAAUCCAAAAGAAGAUGUCAUAGAUGUAGAGACCACAAAACAAGAAGAUCUGCACAAGCAAAUGAGUCAGGGAAGAGCUCUAGAGGAUCAGACAGAAGAAGAAAGGAAGGAUCACGUUUGUUUGAGAGUGGACUCGGAUCAGAAAAACCUUGUAAACAGGGAAGCUGUUAAUAAAGAUUUCAUAGAGGCAUGUUGUUUCCUUAAAGACCAUAUGGAUAAAGUGUCAGAACCUGAUGAUGAAACGAGCCAGGCUCUCACUGUUGUGUUCCAGCAAUGGUUUCAUGUCUCUGCUGAAGAGGGGGCAUGUGCUGACAUUGUUGAUUUGUAUCUCAGUGAGGUUAACUCACGAACACCUACAGUCCUUCAGUUCUUGGUCAACAUGGUGGAUGAUAAUGGGAACACCGCCCUGCAUUACAGUGUGUCUCAUUGUAACUUCAGCAUCGUCAAGCUCCUAUUAGACACAGGUGUAUGUGAAGUGGACCUGAGAAACAAGUCUGGCUACACUGCUAUCAUGCUGGCCUCCUUGACAGCUGUAGAAUCACCAGGGGACAUGAAAGUGGUCCAGCAGCUGAUGGAGCUUGGUGAUGUCAACGCCCGUGUUGGCCAGGUGGGACAAACAGCUCUUCACUUGGCAGUAAGACAUGGACGUGUCCCAAUUGUGCGUCUCCUGCUAGAACAGGGAGCGGAUCCUAAUGCCCAGGAUCAUGCAGGAACCACUCCACUGAUCAGCGCCUGUGAUCGGGGACACGUCAACAUUGUGCGAAUUUUGUUGGAGGAAGCAAACUGCAAUGUCAAUUUAAAAGACAAGGCUGGUCGCAGUGCAUUAUCUCUGGCAACACAAGCCUCUCAUACAGAGAUAGCGGACCUUCUGAAAGCCCGUGCAGAAACCAAGAGCUCAGACAAAUGCAAGGUGUCUUAGAAUGGAGUGUGGAUAUAGCAGUCAUUUAUACUUAAACAUCCAUGUACAGUUACUGCUAAAAAGAUCAGCUUUAUAAUAUGUUUAUAAUUUUAAAAUUAAAAAGACUAGUUUGCUAAUGUAAAGCUUGUCAAUGUAAAUAUAACAGUCUUAAAACUGACAAUAAAAUUUAAAGACAUUUAUCCUAUAAAUACCAAAAAAAAAAAAAAAAAAAAAAAAAAAAAAAAAAAAAAAAUGUUUUGUAACCAACCCAGUUUCAUUUUUAGUCAUUUUAUGUCAAUGAAAUAAACUAUUCUAUAAUAAACUAGUCCAAAUCCUU